CAAAAAAGAGUAAGAAGGCGGACUUGGCUCCUCACCAGCAAGCUGAGGUGGACGACAUGGUCAGCAACCUGCUGCAGUGGAUCCAGGGGGUCUACCAGCAGAGGAAUAGGAAAGCUCGGCAGUACUUCGGAGGCAAGCCGGAGAAGCCGAGGCCCUUCGAGCCGGCGACCUACCUCCCCCCCCUGGGGGGGUACCCCGCUGCGGGCAACCGUCCCUCCCCUCCCUACAGCGAGGGGCCGUCGACGAACCGCCCCUACCAGCCCAGCCAGCCCGCCGAGACGCCCUACCAGCCGCCUUAUGAAGCCAGCAAGCCCACCCCUCCUGCCUACCAACCCAGCCAACCCUCCCAGCCGUCGCAGCCGCCGUACCAGCCCAGCCAACCCAGCCAACCUGCCUACCAACCAAGCCAACCUACUGAGGCAGCCUACCAACCAUCCUCUUCCCAACCUACUCAAGCUCCCUACCAACCCAGCCAGCCAGCUUACCAACCCAGUCAACCCACCUACCAACCAAGCCAGCCAUCGUACCAACCUAGUCAACCUUCCUCUCCUCAACCUCAACAGCCCAGCAGCUACCCCUCCUCCCCAUCCUACCAACCUUCCCAGCCAUCGUACCAGCCUAGUCAACCCACGUCGCCCGCCUACCAGCCCAGCCAGCGCCCGGAGACGCAGCCGCAGCCCGAGGGAACCCCUUCCAACAACUCUCCUCAAGUGUCACCUGAUGACGACGACCGCCACCCGCCCCACAUCCACGCCAUCACCGUCGACUGCGGCAAGGAGAUGAUGACCAUCAACAUCGAGUUCAACAAGCCCUACAACGGCAUCAUCUACUCGCAGGACCACUUCAACGAGCCCGAGUGCAUCUACGUCAAGGAGAACUCCAACCAGGUUAAAUACUCCUUCACUGUGAGCCUCAACAGCUGCGGCACCAGAUUCUUCAGCGACUUCGAGAAUGAGGGACAGGCUUACUUAGAAAACGUGUUGGUUCUGCAAAACGAGCCUGGAAUUCAGGAGGUUUGGGACCAUAUCCGCCGCGUUAGAUGUCUGUGGGAAGGCAACCUGACCAAACAACUGGUGUCGUCUCUGAGCGUGGGCAUGUUGAACCAGAUCACCAGCAACUUCAGCGGAGACACCGCCAUGGCUCGUCUGGACAUCCAGGUCGGCAGAGGACCUUUCGCGCCUGAAGCCAACGGCUUGAUCAAGAUCGGAGAAAUCAUGACUUUGGUAGUCUCUGUAACUGGUGACCCAGGCUUCGACAUCCUUGUCCGUGAGUGCGUAGCCAGAGACUCGGAAUCCCGUCACGUGGUGCCUCUAACCGACCAUGAAGGUUGCGUGCUCAAACCAAAACUGUUUGGAGCGUUCCAGAAGACCAAGGAGACCGGCAACACGGGCGCUUCUAUCAUAGCGUUUGCGUUCUUCAACGCCUUCAAGUUCCCUGAUGAGAUGGACCUGAUCAUCCAGUGCGAUGUGGAGCUGUGCAAGACGGACUGCGAGGUGUGCCCCAACCCCGGCAGCAUCGAGCCCAGGAAGCGCAGGAGGAGGGACGUCAUCCACGUGGGGAACAGAACCAUCGAGCCGGUCCCUACCACCAUCGGGAAAGGCAUCCGAGUGGUCUUCCCUGAGGACCUGCCAGUGGAGACUGGCCUGUGUGUAGCCCCGUCCAUAGCCUUCUGGGGGGGUCUACUGGUGCUGGCUGCCUCGCUGGCCAGCAGCGCCAUCGCCUCCUACUGCUGGCAGAAGACGAGGGUUGUGAAGAUGUCGUGAAGUAUUUUUGGGUAGUUUAAAUUUGAGAGAGGCUAGAUUAGAAGUAUCGUUUUAAACGACUCGUUUGACGGUGCUAGAUGUGCUGAAGUAUUAAAGUCCGUAUAGGAUUUCUUUUACAGUAAAGUUUAUAAGUAUUUUUGAUUAUGUUAACAUGUGAGUGAGGGUUAAGACGGUUUCUCAAUGCACUUAUUUGAGCUUAAUCGAGUUUAGAAACAGUUUACUUUAAGUAACAAAUUAAGAAGCCAGUCUUAAGUUUAUUAAAAGUUUAACUAUUUACACUGCCAAUUAAUAUUUAAACUAACGUUACGAAUAAAUGGAUAAGUAAAUAAGGAAGUAUAAUAUUUAUAACUUUGUGAUUACCAGGUUUUAGCUGAUAAUGUACAUAUAGUUAAGCAUUUAUAUUGUACAAAAUGUAUUAUGUAGAAAAUUAAUAAACUUUUUUUUACU